UGCAUCCUUUGCCAGUACUUAUGAGUUUGAGCCAAAGCAUGCUGACUCCAGUAUUACACUGCCUGCUGAUGUUUCACUGAAAUCUAUUGACAGCACUCAGUCUGACUCCCUGCUCAUGAUUUGCACCACUUCUUUACUCAUGCCUGCUUCUGCUGCACCUAUUAUCAGCAAUGAUUUGACCCUAUCUACAGAUCAUUCAUUUUCUGCUGCUUCUAAUGUGUCUUCUUUUCCUCUUCUAGCUAGUAAAGCUGAGAGUGUUUCCUCUCCUCCGCAACCUACUCCAGAGCUAGGUACAAGUCCUGCCAAAGAGCUAACCCCUCCUGCUGCUUUGCCUUCUUUAGAGCCUGUGUUCUCUGUUCCUCUUUCUUCUGUUUCUCCUCCUCUUGCCUCUGAAACUGCCCCACCUGCACCCCCUGCUGACGAUGAGGAAAUGCCACCCCUGAUCCCUGCAGAGGUUCCUGCUGAGGAGUCAGUCUUCCAGCCUGUGGUGGUAAACAUCGCUCCUCCCAAACCUCCUGUAGCCACUCCUUUGAAGGAGCCCGUGCUGAAGAAUGACAAGGGGUCAGGAACAGAGUCAGACAGUGAUGAUUCUCCUCCAGAACUGGAACAGGACUCCACACAAUCUUCCACUCAGCAGGCACAGCUUGCUGCAGCCGCAGAAAUAGAUGAGGAACCUGUCAGCAAAGCAAAACAGAGCAGAAGUGAAAAGAAAGCAAGGAAGGCUAUGUCAAAGCUGGGGCUUCGCCAGGUUACUGGGGUCACAAGAGUCACUAUCCGAAAGUCCAAAAACAUCUUAUUUGUCAUUACGAAACCAGAUGUAUACAAGAGCCCCGCAUCGGACACUUACAUUGUCUUCGGAGAGGCUAAGAUUGAAGAUCUCUCACAACAAGCCCAGCUUGCAGCUGCCGAAAAAUUCAAGGUACAGGGAGAAGCAGUAUCAAACAUACAGGAAAACACACAGACUCCCACAGUACAGGAGGAGAGCGAAGAGGAAGAGGUUGACGAGUCUGGAGUAGAAGUGAAGGACAUUGAGCUUGUAAUGUCACAGGCGAACGUGUCGAGGGCGAAGGCUGUGCGCGCUCUGAAGAACAACAGCAAUGACAUAGUAAAUGCUAUCAUGGAGUUGACGAUGUGAGGAACCCUCAGACUGAUCUCCUUUCGUCUUGCUCUUGGGUUGGUGCAGCUGGAAUUGAGAUUUAUACUAUUUCUAUUGAUUUAAUAAACUUGUGGCUUAUUGGUGACUUCGUGAAA